CAUCCAUUUUGGAAAAAGUCGAAAGGUUUUGUUCUUAUCACAGUUAAUUCUAAGUUCCAAAUCUUCUCUUCAAUCGUCUCAAGAUGCAAAUCUUUGUGAAAACUCUCACCGGCAAAACAAUAACCCUCGAGGUUGAGAGCUCUGAUACUAUUGACAAUGUAAAGGCCAAAAUUCAAGAUAAAGAAGGGAUCCCACCGGACCAGCAAAGGCUUAUCUUCGCUGGAAAGCAGCUUGAGGAUGGCCGAACCCUCGCUGACUAUAACAUUCAGAAAGAAUCAACCCUCCAUUUGGUGCUCCGUUUACGAGGUGGAAUGCAAAUCUUCGUGAAAACCCUCACGGGAAAAACCAUCACCUUAGAGGUGGAAAGCUCUGAUACCAUCGAUAAUGUGAAGGCUAAGAUCCAAGAUAAAGAGGGUAUCCCCCCUGACCAGCAAAGACUGAUUUUCGCUGGUAAACAACUUGAAGAUGGUCGCACUUUGGCGGACUACAAUAUUCAGAAGGAAUCAACAUUGCAUUUGGUGCUCCGUCUUCGUGGUGGAAUGCAAAUUUUUGUCAAAACGCUUACCGGGAAGACGAUUACACUGGAGGUUGAAAGCUCUGACACAAUCGACAAUGUCAAAGCUAAGAUUCAAGACAAGGAAGGCAUUCCUCCUGAUCAGCAAAGGUUGAUCUUCGCAGGCAAGCAGCUCGAAGAUGGACGAACGCUAGCUGAUUACAACAUUCAAAAGGAAUCCACUCUUCACCUUGUGCUCCGUCUUCGCGGUGGAAUGCAAAUUUUUGUGAAGACCUUAACUGGUAAAACAAUCACUUUGGAAGUUGAGAGUUCAGAUACCAUUGAUAACGUUAAGGCUAAGAUUCAAGAUAAAGAGGGGAUUCCACCAGAUCAGCAGAGGUUAAUUUUUGCUGGAAAGCAAUUGGAGGAUGGACGUACAUUGGCCGAUUACAACAUUCAAAAGGAGUCCACUCUCCAUCUCGUCCUUCGCCUUCGUGGUGAGAUGGAUGUGUUUGUGAAAUCUUUGCAGAGUGGCAUGAUUUUGGCUCUAGAUGUUUUGCCGUCGGACACGAUUGGCAAUGUGAAGGCUAAGAUUGAAGCCAAGAUAGGCUUACCAGCUGAUGCGCUGAGGCUCAUUUUCGCAGGAAAAAUUCUGGACGAUUGUCGAACGGUUGCGUAUUAUAACAUCCAGAAUGAUUCUGCAAUGCACUUGGUUUUCCGUGGUUAUGGUGGAUUUUAA